AUGGGCUCCAUGCGGAGCUCAAGCGGAGCACAUGGGAGCUCCGGCGUCAGUUGUGCUUCGGGCGGAUCGCCGGCAGGCAACUUCUCGCUUUUUGCUGGCCCCAUCAAUCGUUCAGCCGACCUCCUGUUGUAGCGUUCACUUCGGGGUUCACUCCCUCUUUUCCACUACUUUCUCCAUGUCUCUGCACUUGUUAUCAACAAGUGAUCACUUGAGCGGAACGGCCAAGAGUCCACCCAAGCGGUGUCGAGUUCUGCCUUUGAAAUAUAAGACGUCGGGAUGUCUUGACCCCUGUGUAGUUGUCUACACGAUCUCUAGAAAACUUUAGUUCCUGGCGGGGAGACUGAAGUCCGUGUUUUCUGCUGAAGUUUGAAAUUGAUUUCUAUAUUGGUAAGUGGGGAAUGUAAAAGAAAUAGGGUAUCGAAAAAAUAGGGGCUCAACAAGAAAAACCACAAUACAGGGCAAUAUGGUUUUUAUUCUUUUUUUAUCAGAAAAUCUUUCCAAAAAUUGCCUAAAGUUUUUGUCUUAAUGGAAAUAAAGACGGUCAAAAGUGACAUUUCAUUUUUUUUUUCUCAACAUCUUUUAUUUCAAAAUGUUUAUAUCGAUGUAUAUCGAUUUUUCACUUCCUGAAGGGAUCAUUAUAAAUCUCGGUUCGAUUCUUCAUAGAGUUGAAAAAAGAAACUGAAAAGAAAAGUGAAACGGUAAUGUCAGAAAAGUGGCUCGAUGAGAUGAUAACGGCGUUUUCGCUUUUUAUCUCUUUGUUUCGUGCUACCACAGAGAAUCGUAGAAAUUAAAAAAAUAGAAAGCUUUUUUUCUCGAUUCGUCUUACUGUAAUUGAUAAGAUCUCUCCAUCCAUCAUAGUUUUCGUUUUUUCGAAUUUUCAAUUCGUUGAUUUUUUUUUUUUCAAAAAUGAUUUUAAUUGUUUUCUUAUUGAGUUUUAAUGAAUCAGAUCUCGUUAAUAAUCUUGAAUAUAUGUUCGACCUUUUAGAGUUUGCGAUGUUCUCAUAUGGAAAUGCUGAGAUUUACAAUAAAAAGGCAGUGAAAGGACGAAAAAAGAUGGUAGGCGGGGCUUGGCGCAAAGCAAACGAGAGUAACUUGGUCUCUUUGGCCCCGCCCACAUUAUUUACCCCAAGCUUGUUUCGGUCGGCCGCUGUUGUUUUGUUUUUUUGUUUGUCCCUCUUUAUCUUUUCCUCUUUUUUUCCUGCGAUACCGGAUCAACGGUAGCCGAAACGUCAAAAUAGCCCAUUAUUUUUGUUGGCCAUUCCAGGCGGUUUUAAGAAGCCCCGAGGCGACGAGAAUUCCUUCUUUUUUCUCUGUUAUUCUGACCGUUACAAAACAUUUCCUACUAUGUUUUGUAUUGCCUUCUUCUGGCUUCAUGGCCAAUUUUCUCUUUUUCUCAUUUUUCAUACGUUUUCCACAAUCAUUUCAAAAAUUUUGAAGAAUUUUCAGCUAUUUUUUUUGGUAUCAAUUUUAUUUUUGUUGGUAUUUUUUAACUGUUCUGAGUAGCUUUUUGAGUUUACGGGCCUAAAAUUUUCCGAAUUUUCCACACUUUUCCUUAUCUGGUCGUCAGGCUUAUCAGUAGCGUUUCGGCGCGAACUUUUUUUCGGCUUUUUAAAUUUUCUCUCACCAUUCGUAUUUCACUGAUUUCAUGAUAAGAUUAAUUACAGAUUAAUAAUUUUCACAGCUGUUUUUUAAACUGAAAUUUUUUGAAAGGCUAUGUCCACUAGAAGAUAAAAGUGUGAAAGUAAUAUUUAUUUUUUUCAUACGAAGGGCAACUUUCUCUGAUUUUCACUGGAAGAACAAUGCGAAUUCUUUUCUUCGUAUCGCUGCUUCUAGAGCCAAAUUCUUCCCUAUUUGUUUAGUAGCAUCUUUUCGCCAAAACAACCGUUCGUCCCAUUGUUCAAACCUAUUUUUUUUGCUGAAAAAAAACUUCUCAAGUGUUCAUUUGGGCUGCUUUACGUAAAACUCUUGUUUUUUGUCGUGGUCAUUUUUUUAAAACUUGCCAUCGCAAAAUAAAAACAACGAGUUUUUUGUUACGUGUUCGAAUAUUUUCAACCGCCAAGUGUCUGCAGUGUCUAGCUCCUCAGCUUUUCAUCUUCUGUUUUUUUUUCUUUAUCAAUGUAUAGAUGAAGAUCUCUUUUUCUUGGGUAAUUAGAAAGUCACGUUUCAUACUAGAAUUAACUUCGUUCCAGUGAGUUUUUUUAGAAAGUAUUCGUUUAGCCUAAAAAAGCAAAAACUUCAGUAAAGAUUGAUGUCAACUCCGAUUGCUAAUUUCACAGCAAACCCCGGAAAAAAGCGAAAAAUUUCAUUUUAUUUCACGCAGUUAGUCAAUUUUCGAAGAUCUGUCAGAGUAUAAAGUGCCUUUUUAUGUUGUUGUUGUUAGUGUGUUUCAUUUUUGACUGAACCGAUCAAACUCGAUUGAGAAGCAAGCGGGAAACUGGUUCCAAUGAGAUUAAAAUGUUGUCUUGUGGCCGACGGGGUCUCCUAGUAGUUGGUUGUGGACUCCUCCGCAGAACCUCCCUCGCUUUGCUCCGCCUACUUUUCACCAGGAUCCGAGGUCGCGAUUGAUGUACCAUCAGUCCUGAGCUUUUCCUUCCGUGUAAUCAUUUCAUCGAUUCUUUUUCAUUGGGUUCGAAACGGAAAAUAUUUGAGGUUUUCGCAAAGAAAUGAUACGAACUGACAUUUUCCAAGAUUUUUUUCAAGCUGAAUUGAAGAGUAAAAAUAACUCGAAUUUCUAAGGAAACAGGCUCAUUUUAUUUUUAGAAGUAUUACGAGAUAAUACUGGCAUUCUUUUCACGAUUCCCCGACUUACAACUUUUCCCCAAAAUUUUCAAGAUUCUAAAUAGAUCUACCACCUAGAUAAAAUUUUUCUAGGUGUUUACCGAUAAGAAAUUUCAAAGUUUCGUCUCUAAAGUGGUAUAGAUAACUUUCCAUACUUCUUUUUAGAGGUCUACACUUUUGGCUUGUGAACGAUCUUAAGUUAAGAGAAAGAAUAGAAUCCUUUUGCGGCUAAAAUUGGGGGUAUUUUUGAAAAAUUUAGGAAUUUAUAAGAGUUCAGUAGAGUUCAGUAUAGCCAAGAAAUUUUUUGGGAUUUUCUAAACAAGAAAAAUUGACUUAUUUUGAUUCCCUCAUUCUUUUUAGAACAUUUUCUGAUCACGCAUCGAUUGAUCAUUUGUGUUUGUUAUUAUUAUUAUUAUUUUUUUGAAAAAUGUUUUUUGACAGAUUAAAGAAGGUAUUUUUACUCGUAAUUUAGAUUUUCAUAAAAAUUGACCACCCUGAAGGUUUUAAACGUGGAACCGAAACGAUUUAGAGCUUUUUACCCACAUGCUAGAGACAAGUGGAAAGGUUGAACUUCAAGUCUUUCAUCGCAAGUACGAUACUUUUUCUAUUUUUGUCUAAGCGAACUUUUUUGAUACGAGAUCGCGUCGUGUCGGUAUUAGGACGGUGGGAACGGUUGAAGGGGUCCGAAGGCCAGAUUCCUGACUCUUGGACCUAUCUUUCCCAUGUACUAGUGGCACGGAGAGUACAAGAGCCGAGGGCUCGAGAGAGCCGCCAACGGUUUCCUUUGCUGUGUUCUACGCAACUGCCGAUUUGUUUGAAUGCGCGCGCUUACGUCGGUUGCCAACUGCGAGUUUGUGUGUUGUCCGCGGCCAUCUUCAACAUUUCGUGUCGUCCCGCCACUCGUAAUCUUUUUUUUAUUUUUGUGUUGUAUUUUUUGGUCUUGUUGAUUCUUUUCUCUUCAUUCCGGUGGCUAGGCCGUGUGGAAAAUCCAAAUUUUUUAUUUAUUUUCACCUAUUCAAGGAACAAGGAAAUAAAGGACAUAUGGUCACUCUGUUUGGAGCUUGUAUUAAUAAAGGCUUGUUUUGCGUUUAAAAUUUGAAUAUAUGGCGAUUUUGCAACAUUUUUAACAGAAAUCUUGUCUUCUGGUGCGAUCAUUUUUGAUUUCCUAACAGCUUAGCCACCGUAUCCUUUUCUUCCAAAUGCUUUUAAUUUUUUUCAAGUUUUUCUUGUAAUGGAGGCGGGUGCAGAGAAAGGAUUGGUAGGAGUUUUUUGUAUGAUUGGGUCGGUGUUUCUUUGAAUAGAAGGCAAAAGGUAAAUGGCUCUACCAAAAAGAUAAGCUCAAUAUUACAGUGUAGACUUGGAAAAGAAGAUUUUCUCGGGUACCUGUGAAAUCAGAGACCGACCGUCCAGGGUCAAUGGCUCUCAAGUACCUUGGCCCCGUUAAUUUGCAUUUUUGGCUGCUCCUCUUACUUCCUGUCGAACCACUCAGAAGAGAGUUUCAAGCAGGAUCCAUGCAAGCAGAUCCAGAUGCUUCAAUUAGUCUUUUCUAUUUCUCCGCAUUUUUUUUUGUUCCGUCGGCAUCUCGCUGUUUUCGUUUUUUUUUGCCAAAUUAGAUGAGUCUAAGCAACAUUUUUUGCAGGGAUUUCUCCAUGAACAUCCGCUGCAAUAUAGACAUUUCGUGAUUGUUUUCGGCAUAUUUCCUCGGCCAUUUCUUCAGAGGAACUUCCACCAACACCCCUUCAUCUACUGCUUUUUAGCCUCCUCGCAGAAAGAAAAAAUAUCGUCUAGAUUGUUUCAUGUGGGUUUUUUUUCUGAAGGUGUUUUCUAGAAAAAUCGAAGCUUGUUUUCAAAUUUGAAUUUCGAAUAGAAAAUUUGAAUUUUUUAGUGGGGAAAUAUUUGAAGACUUGAAGGGAAAAACAAUAUAUACCGGAUUCUCAAAGAUGAGUGAUUUUCAUUUCUAGGCUAUGAGAAAAGACUAGUUGGAUUCAAUCUCCUUGUUUUUUUCCGGCUGAUAAUUUUUGAUUGUCUUUAUUUAUCGUUCCCAUGUGUUUUUAGUCGUGAUGAGCUUGUAAGAAAUCGGAAGAUUUUUUAUUUUAUUUUAUACUUUUUUCAUGCUCGAAUUUUUAUCGUUUUCCUAAUUUCAGAACGUCGCUUGAAGCAACGACGCCUCUCCUCAGACAGACCGUCGAAUAUUUUCGCGGUGUGGCCGCCUCCGAGAGCCACGACGAGAGCUGGCCAUUCAGCCACGUAGCCCCGUCGUUCGCAGAAGCCGUGGUUGCGUCGUGCGGUGCGAACGUCGCCUCGACGUCGCCGCACCGGUGCUGCCGCCGUCCUGAAGAGUGGUUAUGCGCACUCGCGUCGUCGCAAGUCCAAAGACCGCUGCCGCCGCUCCAGCCGUCCUAG